AUGUUUCUAUCUAUCUGUUUAGUAGUGCUUGCUCUGUACUUGCUGUACAAGUGGGCACUUCCAAAACCAAUAUCGGAUAUUCCUUACAACCCGCUUGCUUUGCAGAGUCUUUUCGGCGACAUUCCAGCUAUGAUUCAGGGUACAAAGGCCAAAAAUCAAACGCAUAUGGACUGGAUCAUCCAACAAAUGAAGAAUCUCGAAUCGCCAAUCAUCCAAUUGUUUCUCAGCCCCUUAAACCGUCCCACCGUUAUCCUUGCAGACUUUCGUGAGACGCAGGAUAUUAUGCUGCGACGUAAGGAUUUUGAUCGAUCCACCAAUAUCCGAGGUCUUUUGGAAGACGUGAUACCCGACCAUCACAUAUACGAGCAAACGAAUGCGGUCUUUCGAACGCACCGAAAACUCGUCCAAGAUGUCAUGUUACCGUCCUUUAUCCAGAAGGUUGCAGGGCCUGCAUUCCACGCUAACAUCAUGAGACUUGUGCGAGUCUGGGAACUGAAAGCUAAAAUUGCUGACGGAUCUCCGUUCCUUGCAACCCAGGAUAUCCAAGGUGCCGUAUUGGAUGCUGUGUAUAGCUUUGCAUUUGGAGAAUACUACAAGUCCAGUACUACGCUUCCCAAGAUCGAGAUAUUGGAAAAGUGGAACACCGAGCAAAACAGUCGACAUACCGGCAAAAGCGUUAAACCCUUCGACUUUCCUGACGUUGCCUUCGAUGAUCUUAUCAAUGCAACAAUUGAUCUAGCCAAAGCCCCGCAAGGUCUGCAAGGCUCACCGAUAGCCAAGAUUCAGGCAAAGGUGACAAUGAACAUGCCGUACUUCAGGAGGGUCCGAAAGAUCCGAGACGAUUUUCUGCGUGGUAGUCUUCGAUCCGCAGUUUCCAAACUUCCAAAAGAGGGUAGUAAAUCCGAUAGCCCAUCUGUUACUUCUGCGGUGGACCAGAUGGUACUACGUGAAACAGCAUUGGCUCAAGCGGAAAAUCGGAGUCCCAAUUAUUUAUCAACCAUGAUGCAAGGCGAGCUGUUCGGACUGAUCCUCGGAGGUUUUGACACGACAAGCACUACCACUCUUUGGGGCUUGAAGUUCCUCACGGACAACGCCGGUGUCCAGAAGCGUCUUCGACGGGUUUUGCAGUCAUCUUUCGCUAAGGCAAAAGCUGAGAAGCGUAGCCCAACCUUCCAAGAGCUUGCGGUUGCCCGAAUUCCCUACCUUGAAGCUGUUAUUGAAGAGACUCUUCGAUGUGCAGGAGCAACGCCUGCACUUCAACGCUUGGCCAAGGCCGACACACAGAUCCUAGGAUACCACAUACCCAAGGGAACUGAUGUCCUUUUCCUUACUCAUGGACCCAGUGUUUGGACUCCUAGUUUUGAGAUCGACGAGAGCAGAAGAAGCCAAACUUGCCAGGCUGCGGGUGAGAAGAAGGACCAAAGUUGGGAUAAUGAUGACAUCUCAGCAUUCAGACCCGAGAGGUGGCUUGGACAGAAGGUGUCGCCAGCUAACGAUGCGAGGGAGACUGAUGCGACUGAGACCGCGGAAUUUGAUGGGUUGGCUGGUCCAACAUUGGCCUUUGGCUUGGGGACGCGUGGUUGUUUUGGCAGAAGAUUAGGCUAUCAACAGCUGAAAACGUCCAUUGCUAUCUUGAUAUGGAACUUUGAGCUAUUGCCUUGUCCUAAGGAACUCUCUAGCUAUCGUACCAUCGAAGGUCUGACUAGCAUGCCAGAACAUUCUUACAUCAGGCUGGAAAAGAUCGAUUUGACAACACCGGAGUAG